CGAGACCGACCGCGGCGCCGUGCGCAUGCGCGCGGGAGAGCGGGAAGUCCAGCUGGGCGAGAAGUCUAGGAGGGCGGUGCUUGGCUGCGGCGGCGGUUGCUGUUGCUGCGCAGAAACUACUAGGCAGCGUGCUGAGAAGAGUUAAGGAGAACUGCGGCUGCUCGGUCUGCAGGCGCGAUGGAUAACGUGCAGCCGAAAAUAAAACAUCGCCCUUUCUGCUUCAGUGUGAAAGGACACGUGAAGAUGCUGCGGCUGGCACUAACUGUGACAUCUAUGACCUUUUUUAUCAUCGCACAAGCCCCUGAACCAUAUAUUGUUAUCACUGGAUUUGAAGUCACCGUUAUUUUGUUUUUCAUACUUUUAUAUAUACUCAGACUUGAUCGACUAAUGAAGUGGUUAUUUUGGCCUUUGCUUGAUAUUAUCAACUCACUGGUAACAACAGUAUUCAUGCUCAUCGUAUCUGUGUUGGCUCUGAUACCAGAAACCACACCAUUGACAGUUGGUGGAGGGGUGUUUGCACUUGUGACAGCAGUGUGCUGUCUUGCCGACGGGGCCCUUAUUUACCGGAAGCUUCUGUUCAAUCCCAGCGGUCCUUACCAGAAAAAGCCUGUGCAUGAAAAUAAAGAAGUUUUGUAAUUUUAUAUUACUUUUUAGUUUGAUACUAAGUAUUAAACAUAUUUCUGUAUUCUUCCACAUA